CAUCUGUUUUUGUGAAUGGAAAAACCCGGAAGUGAGCGGGUCCGGCCCUGGUCUUGAGUCACAGGUUAAUAGACGGACUUUGACCGCUUAUGUGCUGAGAUGGAUUAAACAUGACUCAGAGUGUUCACCUGUCACCUUUAACCUUCUCACUACAAUCUGUAACGAAUAAUCAGGAUAAAUGAGCGCGAGUGGAGGAAUGCAGCAGCUCAGAGUCUCAUCAGCUGUCCUGCUCCUGCUCUGUGGAGCCGUUCUGACCAGUGCCGGACCGGAGGAGUUCGAACCCGAGACCCCGGACUGGAGGAAGACUUUAAAAACCAUCCGGAACGGAAUCCACAAGAUAGACACGUUUCUGAACUACGCUCUGGAUUUAAUCGGAGGAUCUGAUGGACUGUGUCAGUUUAGAUGCAGUGAUGGAUACAAACCUAUUCCCAGACCUCACUACAAACACUCCCCGCCCAAUGGAUGCGGCUCACCGCUGUUUGGAUUUCACUUCGAUAUCGGGAUCCCGUCCAUGACGAAAUGCUGUAAUCUGCACGAUCGCUGCUACGAUACGUGUGGACAAGAGAAACAUGACUGUGAUGAUCAGUUCCACGUUUGCUUGGAGACCAUAUGUAGGAACGUACAGAUCACACUGGGACUGGACCAGAGUGUACAAGCGUGUGAAUCAGCGGUGACUCUGCUCUUCGAUGCAGUCAUGCACCUUGGCUGUAAACCCUACCUGGACAGCCAGAGAGCUGCGUGUAUCUGCCGCUACGAGGAGAAAACUGACCUCUGACCAGCUGCAUUUGGGUUCCGAAAAUCCUGACCCCAUUGAGGAACUUCUGAAGAAUCAAAUCUCCGUCCCUGAAGUCUGCUGCACUGUGCAGUUUAACGUUUUCUGUCAUUUGAAAGGUUUCAUGUGUGAUGUUUAACAGUGUUUUUAAAACCUGUACUAAACCAAUUAUUUAGAGGAUACUUUGGAAAAACAGCUUUAUAAUAAUGCUAUGCAGUGCAUCUUGGUAGUUUUCAUGUUUAAAUUUUCCUGGCCCUGAAAUUAGUGCCAGAAAGUUGAAGUUUUCUUUAAGCAGUAACUCGUGAGACUUCCAUGGUUUCAAUAGUUUUUAUCUGAAGAGAAAAGUUUAUCAGUCUAUCAGAUUUUUCAUUGCAGUUGCAGUUCACUUCACAGACAGCAGAGGGUGCUAAAACUUACAGCUGCUUUAACUUUCCUGAUUCACUUCAUUGUCAUGUCAUGUGCAUCGUGAAUCAGAGGAUCAGGAGGAAACAGCAGCACCUUCUUCUCUCUAACCAGGAAGUGCAGCAUGGUACUGACCCUGAGGACACAGGCAGGAGGUUGUCUGAGUUCAGAUGCACUGAAACUGUGCUGCAAUUCCUGUGAAUGUGAACGCAACUGGUCCUCAGGUCCACACUCGUUCAGGAAUGAAAUAAAACAACAGCGCUGAGGAAGAUGGUGAUGAUGAUAGAAGAGCUCUGAAUACACACGAGGACUCGCUAACACGCUAACUGAAUCCUGAGAAUGAAAAUGGUUUCCCAGAAUCCCUGCUGGUGCUUCUGAGUAGCGCUGUGUUCACACACACUGUUAGUCUUCAUGUGAAUUCUCACUGAAGCAGUGUAUAGAGUUCAAAUAAAGUUUUAUCAUUUCUUUUCCUUUAUGUAAACAGACUGUUAUAUAAAAUGAUGUGAAGUGUAAGAGUCUUUGUGUAAGAUGACUGACUGUGUGAUUUGAGACAUGAAAUGCACUUUAUUUACUAAUUAAUAAUAAUGAUGUUGAGGAUUUUCCAUGAUGCGAUCAUGGUGUAGAAGGAAUUAUUUUACCUCAAAUAAAAUCAUCUAAA